CAGUCUGCAGUCUGAUAUGAGAAUGGCCAGUAAAGCUACACGUUUCAUUCCAAAAAAACAAAACAAAACAAGGUCACCUUACUUUACCUGAUUAAUCAAUUUAUCUGCAUUCUCAUUAGUUGCAGGUCCUGCUUCUCCAGAACAAAAAUAUACAUAUUUGCACAUUUUGGAUAGAAAUCUCAUGACCUUCAGCUAUAAGUAUCAGAUAUUCAUUUGGAGAAUGUUUACCUUGAGUUAACUCGUAAGUCCUUCAAAUACACAAGGCAUGAAUAUCCAACCAAUCUCCUGACUCUCAUGCUUCAGUAAGGCAUUAAAGUGUUGAGUUCAAAAGAUCCUCCCUUUAGUUCCACACAUUAGACAGUGGACACUAACGCCCAGAGUUAAUCCCCAGAAAACCACUCCAAGUUGUUUGUGUGUGUCCGUGUGUAUAAAAAGUGAGGGAUGACAGUUGACAGUCACCAAACUACGGUGAAAGAGCAUCCAGAUCAUCUCCCCACACUGAAGCAUCAUGGAGUCCAGAGCAUCUCUCUCCAUUCUAGCUCUGCUGCUUGGUUUCUCACAAGCUCUCAAUCUCGACCAACCUGAGCACGUGGACAUCAUAUCAAGGAUUCUCACCAUCAACAAUGGAUCCACUGAACUGUUGUUGGAGGGAGACAUACUCUUGCCAAGAGGUAGGAAUGCUCUGGUCUGCAGUGAUAGCAGCUGCUUUUGGAAGAAGUCCUCAAAUGGCCUAGUGGAGGUUCCUUACACAUUGAGCAGUGUUUUCUCUUUCUCUGACAGGACUGUAAUUGCCAAUGCCAUGGCCUCCUUCCACAGCAAAACCUGCAUUCAUUUCAUUCCCAGGACAAAUCAAGCUUCCUACCUUAGCAUCAAGAGCAAAGAUGGAUGCUACUCUGAUGUGAGCAGAUCAGGUGGUGCUCAGGUGGUUUCUCUCAGCAGGUUGGGUUGUGUUUACUACGGCAUUGUUGAGCAUGAGCUGAACCAUGCACUUGGUUUCUACCACGAGCAUACUAGGAGUGAUCGUGACAAGUACGUCAAAAUCAACUGGUCAAACAUUGAUCCAACCACACAGUCUAAUUUCAAGCUGAAGAACACCAACAACCUCAACACACCGUACGACUACUCCUCUGUGAUGCACUACGGAAGAACAGCUUCUUCCUUCAGGCAAUCAGGUAUCUCAACAGAGAACUGA